AUGCGCGCCUUCCUCCUCGCCUUUUGCCUGGCCACGGCUGCCGCGAUGGUGGCUGCGCAAGACCCUGGCGACCUCGUCUCGUCGACUCGCGCAAACGGCAUUAUCAUCACUGGCUCCAUCGACGAGGACGGGGAUACUGUGGGACUUGCGACUUUGACGGACGCCAACGGAGACCCAAUCACUGCGGUUGCUGGCGGUGUAUUGACCACGACGACGACGCCACUGGUCGCGGCGACAACGACGACGCAAGCACAAGCCGUGAGUAUCGUCAAGGAACAUUCUGGCCGAGAACCAGACCAGAUCGAGUCGGAGAAAGUGGAAGAUGUAGACGCCCCUUUCGCCGCCGACUACCGCAACGACGAGGGCCACCAAGCGGACGCCAGCUUCCACAUUCAGCAACGUCGAGCUCAGCCUACGGACCAACAACUGCAUCGCCGCCAGCAGGUACAACAAGGGGCUGGCCUGCGAGCAGCAUACCGAGCAAGCGUGCCCUCUGAAGAGGAUGUCGUUCCUCUUGGUGGCGGUGUCGCUGCUUCGACCGCGACGGGCCUUCAGACGAUCUCUGGCUACACGCCUCCUGCCAACACUCAGCCGCCGACGCCCAACAACAUCUCAACGGGAUCUAUCCUCUCACCCUCGCAGAUUCCGGGCUACCAGGCUGACGGCAAGGGCGACGGAACAGGCACGACGGGCUCCAAUGGCGCCAUCAGCUUGUCAUCCUGGUCCUCUGCCGCCCUCAUCUCCGGUGCCGUCGUCAGCUUCCUCUUCAUCUGA